AAGAAAGUAAAUUUUACCAAGCUGAGAGUGUGGAGGUAUAUAAGACGGGCGGCCGCCAGCUACACUAUACUCCACCAUGAAGCUCCUGAUCUUCGCCUCACUGCUGGCGGCUGCUGCGGACGCCGGCCGUUUGGCAAGUCCUCAGUACAGACUGCCAACGCCCUCUGGUCCAGGCCUCUCUUUGGGCGGCACAGUGUCUACAUCUGGCGGCUCUGGGUUUAUAUCUGGCGGCUCAGGAUUUACCUCUGGCGGCUCAGGAUUUACUUCUGGCGGCUCAGGAUUUACUUCUGGUGGUUCAAGAUUUACCUCUGGUGGUUCAGGAUUUAUAUCUGGUGGUCCAGGGUUCUCGGGGGGCAGCUGUGGAGCCGGACAGAUCCGCCAUGUGGACGGCAGCUGUGUGACUCCUACAGUUACAAGAAACUUAUAUGUAUACACCGCCCCAGACGUUCCCCAUACAACAGGCCCUCGACCUGAUAUUCCUCCACCCAGAGUAGAGCACAACGUUAUAUUCAUCCGUGCUCCUGAGGGUGGAUUUGGACUACAACCCGUCGUCGUGCCGCCGCCACAGCAAAGGAACGUCGUGUAUGUCCUAAACAAGCGCACUCAGCAUGGUCAACAAGUUGUCCACGUACCGGCACCUGAGCCACAAAUUCCACAGGUGUACUUCGUCAAUUAUGCUGAUGGCGAAAACCCAACUCUCCCCAGCGGCGUGGACCUCCAGUCUGCUCUUAGCUCCGCUUCUCAUGGCAGUGGUGAGGUUAUUGUGAGCGGCGGCGGCAGCAUCGGAGGCGGCGGUAGCAUUGUGAGCGGUGGUGGCAGCAUCGGAGGCGGCGGCAGCAGCAUUGUGAGCAGCGUGGGCACUUCUGGUGUCACGUCCCCGUCUAAUCUGUACGGGGCGCCCUAGGUGACUUCCCGUGCCUCAAGUUAAUGCUGGUCAUCCCUGCCUCAUCAAUCUGCCCUCGAACACACACGUUUAUCCUUUAUCUUUUGAGAGUAAUAUAUAUGUACACACACGUCACACACUCAUUAAAUAUAUAUAUAUAUAUAUAUAUAUAUAU